UGCUGUUUAUGUGAAAUGGGUCGCCGCAAAUCCAAAAGAAAGCCUCCCCCUAAGAAAAAGAUGACAGGGGACUUGGAAAAUCAGUUCACCUGCCCAUUUUGCAACCACGAGAAGUCAUGUGAUGUCAAAAUGGAAAGAAGCAGGAACACUGGGGUAAUAUCAUGUUCCGUCUGCUUAGAGGAGUUCCAGACUCCCAUCACCUAUCUGUCUGAACCAGUUGAUGUGUACAGUGACUGGAUAGAUGCGUGUGAAGCAGCCAAUCAGUAGCCCUCGUAGAGUUAAAUGCAUCUCAGGAAAGCCGAGAAGAAGAGUGUGUGGCCGGUGGGGUGUGUCCACUCAACGCCACAGACUAUUUCAGUUAUGUCAUUCAGAGGUUUAAUAGCUCUGUGAUCAAAAUUUUACUUUAUGGGGUCUUCAGCAAAACUGUGCUCAGAGUAAUUUGUGAAAUCCAAAGUUUUCCUCUUCUGUUGAAACAAUUAGGCCCACAGCUGUAGCUUUAACUACAUUUUUCCUUGUCAGGAUAGUUUUUGUUUUGUCUCACAAUCAGACGGGCUUUCUGUUUUUUUUUCUACAUUAUUGGAUGAGUCUGCAAUUAAUGCAGAAUUUCAAAAAAAUAGUUUUAAAAUACAAAAAAGUCCUAAUUUAUAGAUUAUUUGGGUUAUUUUAAGCAUAAUAACCACAGCUUUAUAUGACAGAUCUGUAAAGUAAGGAAAGAGGAAAAUUUUGGUAUUUUAUUGUGAAAUGCAAACUGUGCAAAACUCACGAGCAACAGGAAAAAGACCCAUAAACAGGCAGAAGUUGAUCAUUCCAGAAACUUGAACAAUGAGGUCCUACAGAUGUGAACGCAGCAGCAGGAUCUUCUUACCGUCUGCAGAGAAUCAGCAGGAGGAAGUCGCUGGUUGCUGUCACAUGGUUCUGUUAGAUUAAGCUGCUUUUAUACAUAUUGCCAUUAAUUCAAGUGUUUUAUGUUUGUUAAAAAAUAACCUGUAUUAUCCAUUUUCAGUCAAGCAUGCUGGUGGUACUAACAUCUCUACCUCUUCAUAAGGAGUCGUGCCACAGUUUUAGUUCAUCCCACUUCAAAAACAAAUCCUUUAAAUUUCAUCUCAGCUGGAGGUUUUUACCAGCUUCGGUCUUUUCUUCACGCUAAAUCAAAACACUUCAAGAGGAAUAAAGCGUCUGCGCAGAAGAAAAAGUAUUUUAUUUCUUGAAUUAUGCCUAUGAACCUGGCUCUGUGUACUGUUUUUGCUCUGUAAUCAUUUGUAAGACAUCAACCAGAGUUUAAAUUCUCUUAAACUGUAAAAGUAAGGAAAUAAAGAAUAAAAUUCA